CGGGAAUAGUGAUGACAUUUGUGCUGUGUUAUAUUUCGUAUUAAAUAUUAUCAACUAUUUGAUUACAGCAUAAUAAAUAAUAUGCAAAUUUGUUUAUUCCAUUACAGUGUAAUGAAACGUCAUAAUAAAUUCAUUUAUUAUAAUUACUAAUAAAACCUCUACGCAUAUAAGCUUUGAAUGAAAAUUCAUAACCUCAAAAGAAAAAGGAUACCUAAGAAUUGUGUGUAAUUUGUGUAAUCUACAUGAGUCUUCAUAAUGGAUAUCGUAGCAACACAAAUUUAUGAAGAUUAUGAUUCCACACCGACACAAAAAAUUUCUUAUUCGACUCAACAAGAUAAAACUCAGAUUGGAGUGUUAUGCAUAGAUUCUACCACAUUUCCAAUCAAAAAAGGAAUUAAUCAAAUUGGCAGACAUCCAGAUUGCUGUAUAGUAUUGAAUAAUCCAACGGUAUCUGCGAAACACGCGGAGAUUGAAGCUAAUAAUCAUGAAACUGCAUCAUGGAUAUGUGACCUGAAUUCUUCCAACAAAACAAAAUUAAAUAAUUUAAUUUUGAGGCAAAACCGUUACUAUGAGCUCAAAACUGGAGACGUGUUAGAAUUUGGUAUGGUACGGGCAGUUUUCAAAAUCUCUCCUUCAUUGAAUGAUUCCUUAAUACCAGAAACUCCAGCACCAAAUCAUCAGAAAGUCCAGCAAAGGGUCAUUCCUGGGACACCUGAUUCAUCAUUGAGCAAUUCAUCCACCAACGUUUCAGUAAUUUCUGCUACCCAAGAUGAAAGGAAAAAAUCUGUAUUUCAAUAUCCAACAUUGCAUCUGAGGACUUCUACUAGCAGCGUUCGAAAAAGUAACGUUCAGAACUCUUCUGUCGAUGAUCAAGAUAAUUCUCAAAGUUUUGGUGUAAAAAAACAAAACGUAGGUGAAUCGAGAAUUAGUAUUUACGACAUGGAGACGCAAAAGUUCUCGUGUAGUUCUUAUAAUAAAACGAAUGUUGAUAUUCACGAUGCUGAGGGUCAACAAAUUUGUAUUUUAAAUAACAUCAAAAAUUUUACAAAAUUUGUGCAGGAACAAAAUGUUGACAUGGGAAAGCAAUCGAAAAUAGGAGCACCAGAAGAAGUUACUGAUAUUCAUGAUAUAGAAACGCAGCACGAUAUAGAUAUUGAAACAGCCAAAAAGAUCAGUAUUCGUAAUUCUAAAACUCGAGAUAAUAGUAUCCGAGAUAGUGAAAAAUUUGAAAAAACAGGAAUUGAAGAAGAAAAAAAUUCAGCAAUGGAAGGGAGAAGUAAUGUUAAUAAUAUAGUAAUACAAAAAAAGAAGGCUAAUGAUAGCACAUCUCAUUGUAAUAUCACUAAUAAAGGUAAAAAUAAAAGUGAAAAAUUGUCAGAUAUUGAGAAAGAUUUGCCAAAACGUUUAGAGGUUGUUGAAAUAAGCGAAGAUGAUGCUUCCGAAUUUGACAUGAGUCGAAAUUUGCUUAGUCCAAAAGAUUUAGAAGAGUUUGAAGAAUUUAUUGAGGAUAAUAACCUAUCUGAUGAAAUAAAGUCAACAUCACCGAUUUCUAUAAAAGCUUCAUGCGUAAAUAAUGAUAGCGGUGUGAACAGUAAAAGUAUCGAUAAUGAAAACAUAUAUGAAGCAGCAACACAGGUCAAUAAAAUUGAUAAGAAUGAUUUCAGGGCAUCUUUAGCUGAUAAUUCUGAUGAUACCGAUAAUGAGGCUGUGUUUCAGAGGUAUUUACGCAAUGACAGUCAAGAAAGUAAAAAAUCUUCAAACCUUCAAGUGUCUGAUAGCGACGAUUCAAUUACGGAUGAGGAAGGUCACUUCACAGAAAUAGCUGCAAAGAUGAAAAAAGCCAUAGAAACUUCAUUAGAAAUACGACAUAACAGGAGUAAAGAAAUGAAAAACAGUAAUUCAAGUAGAGAUUCUGAAGAUCUGUUCAACGUGCUUACUCAACCAUCAAAUAUGAAGAACGAAAAUUCAUCGUUCAAAUGUAAUAAAAAAUCAAAAGAUAAUGAAGAUGAAAAUCAAGUAGAUUCUGAUAGUCCAACACAAGUAAUUGAUAAGAAAGGUACCAAAAAUAAUAUGGAAGUAAGUGAGGAAAUAGGAAUAGAGGAAAUCGAUGAUAUAGUAUCAACUCAAAUUCUUCCAAUGAAUAAAUCUUCCUUUAGAGAAACUAGUUCUAUUAUUUCAACCAGAAACAAUAAAGAUUCUAAUGAAGAUAUUACUGAACUGAAAUACAACAGACCUACUCAGAUAAUUAACACUGAAGAAAAAGUGCUAGACGUGAGCAAUAACGAACCUCUUACUUCGUCAAAUUCUUCGAUAUCAAUUACAGUGGAAGAAUAUAAUACUGAAAACAUCGAUUACGAAAUGGCAUGUACUCAACCAAUUGGUGAUAUUGAGAAACAAAAAUCUGUGCCAUCAGUUACUGAUAAAAAUGAAAACAAGUCGAAAUCGGCUACAAUAAAUUUUGAUGAUAGUGUAGAAAGGAAAUUGAAAGUAAUGUUUGAAAAUACAAUGGAAGAACAUAUUGAAGAUCAACCACAAAUAUCAAUACAGGCUCUUGAAAAUAUACUAGAAUUGUCACAAAGUGAGGAUGAAUCACCUAAUGUGAACAGUGAUACAACUGUUAGCAGAAAAGCAAAGAAAUCCAAAAAAGGAAGAAAAAGCAAACCAGCAAUAGUUAAGACAAGUCCCAGUUCUGUAUCGCAUAAAGAAAGUUGUAAUUCUCCUCUUUCUUUACGACGACAUAAUAUUUCAAAUUCGGAGUCUGUCAGAAAUAUAAUUAACAAAGGAAGCGAAAAAGAAACUGAAGAUUUAUUAAUAUCAAACUCGGUGCCUACGGAUUUGUCAACACCCAAAUCUACAAUUGAAAAUCCAUCGAUUCCAAAAUCUCUCUGUAAACAUCCUUCAACAUCAAAAUCUGUAUCUAAAGAUUCUUCAACACCAAAAUCAUUAGGGCAAAAAUAUCUCAAAGAAUCAAAAAUAGUUAAAACGUAUCAAGAAGAAACUAAUAUGCUUAAACACGAUAACGAUAAAUUGAAGAAUGUAGAUGAUCAAGAAUCGAAUACAUCAAUCAAUGGUGAGCAAUAUCAACAAAUCUCUAAAUUACUAAUGAGCGAAGAUGAUAUAUUAGCCGGUUUACCUGAAGUUAGAAUUUCAGGUACUUUAUCGAAUCCACCAAGUCCAACUUCGUCUGAAUAUAGAAUCAAUAUUAAUAAAAACCGGGCGAAACAAAUAUCCAUAAAACUUGCGCCAAAAAAAAGAAGAAUUUCACGAAGAACACUUGAUCAUAGAAUUACAGAAAAUGCUACUCAUACUAUUAUUGAACCAAAUUCCAUGGCUACUUCGGAAAGUUCAUUCAUAAACAAUCUCAGUGCUGAUAAAAUAUCUGUCUGCGAAAAAAAAGUGGAAAAGGAAAUACUGGUUGAAAAAGCAGCUGCUGAACCUGCGAAAGAAAAUGUAAUAAAGACAUGCUUUCAAAAAAGAUCACUUAGUAUGACGGAUGUUGUCGAUAAUAGUAGUUCGAAAAAGCGUAAAGAUGAUGUUGAUGAAGAUGUGUCUGUUGAAAACAGAAAUAGAAAAACAAUCAGUGGAAGAAAGUCUGCAAAUAUUCUGGAAUUUAUUGUUAGAAAAAACUUAUCAAACAAUGGAAAAAUGGGUGAAGAAGCCAAUUUAAAUAAAGAGGCGAUUGUAAAAGUCGAGAGAAUUUCUCUGUCUACUCCAACAGAAUUAAUAUCAAGUACUCCAAUUAAAUCAGUGAUUGAAGAUGAUAAUAGAAAUAGAAACAGACAAAAUCGACAUAAAAAUGUUGUAAAUAGUCAAAUCGCUUCAAGUACUUCAACUAAAGAAAAUGAAAGAACUAUCCAAAAUGUAGAAAUGCGAAGAGGUCGAAGGGUAACAAAAAAAGCUAAACCUUCAGUUGAUGAUAUCAGUUCUGAAGUUGGUGAAGAAUCUCAAGAAGUAGAAAUGAUUAUGAAUGGUGCACUCAAAGAACAAAAUACCAAUUCAAAUACAAAAACAAAGAAAGAUACACAGAAAAAUGCAAGAAUGCGAAGCACUAGAAAACGUGCGAACACAAAUGUUGACACAGAUACAAAUAAUACGGAGACCAGUAGUAUUUCUUCCGUUGUAUCUGAAUCUGAUAACGCAUAUUUCGAAGUACCCAUUUCGAGGAACAAACGAGCGAAAGUUACUAAAAAUUCUUUAACCGUAACUAAUACUAAUGAAUACAUUAAAGAAACAAGGGAGAGAAACAAACGAUCGACUAGAUCAACUCGAGGUCAACAAUCAAUUAUGGAUUCUUCUGUAAAAGAAAGCACAGAAACUAUUGCUAAUAAAACUAAUUUAGAUAAUAGUACUAAAAAUACUUUGAAUGUAAUUAAUACUAUGGUAAAUAAAUCUAUUAAAGAAACAAAGAGAAACGGCAAACAGUUGACUAAAUCGUCUCGAAGCCAACAAUCAAUUACAGAUUCUUCAAUUAUAGAUUCUACAGAAGAAAAUACAAAAAAUAAUCGAACUGGGUUAGGUACUAGCAAAACGAAUAGUUUGAAAGAUAAACGGCAAAUGCAGACGACAGGAAAAGCUAAAAACAACAAACAACGGCAAAAAGAUUUUAUAGAGGAGACUAGUUCAGAAACGAAUACCAGCAACGAAACUACAUCAAUAUUUUCAACGCCUAGUAGAACACGUAGAAGUAUGUCUUCUUCAUUUGCAAUGCAAUCACCAUUGAGAAUAAAGCAUAAAAUCUUAUUUACUGGUAUUUCAAGUAACGAUUAUAGCAAAUUAUUAACAAAAUUAGGUGCAUCUCAAGUUAACAAUCCAACAAAGUGCACUGUACUGGUGACAGAUAAAGUUCGCCGAACUGUUAAAUUCUUAUGUGCUUUAGCGUUAUCUGUACCAAUAGUUUCAGUUGAUUGGUUGAUUACUAGUGAAAAAACUGGUCAUUUCAUAGAAUUAGAAAAUUAUAUAUUAAAAGACCCUGCUGCUGAAACUAAAUUUCGUUUUAAAUUGGAAGAAAGCUUAGAAAAAGCAAAAGAACAUAAACUUUUGGAGGGAUAUACACUUGUGGUAACGCCAAACGUGAUACCACCACCAUUAGAAUUAAAAAAUAUAAUCAUUUCAUGUGGUGGUAAAGCUUUGUUUCGACCACCGUCAUUGUGGCGUCAAAAUUCAAUAAUUAUUUCUCACGAAGAAGACUUGACAAAUGCAAAGAAAUUUCUUCAAAAAGCACCUAAAACUGUUACCGUUCAUUCGACAGAAUUCGUAUUAACU